GAGCAAGAUGGCUACUACCAAGCGAGUGCUGCGGGCUGGCAGAGGAGGUGGAUGACAAAGUUCUUCAUGCUGCUUUUAUCCCUUUUGGAGACAUCACAGAUAUCCAGAUUCCUCUGGAUUAUGAAACGGAAAAGCAUCGAGGAUUUGCUUUUGUUGAAUUUGAGUUGGCAGAGGAUGCUGCAGCAGCUAUCGACAACAUGAAUGAAUCUGAGCUCUUUGGACGGACAAUUCGUGUCAAUUUGGCAAAACCCAUGAGGAUUAAGGAAGGCUCUUCCAGACCAGUUUGGUCCGAUGACGACUGGUUGAAGAAGUUUUCUGGGAAGACUCUUGAGGAAAAUAAAGAGGAAGAAGGGUCAGAGCCUCCCAAAGUGGAAACCCAGGAGGGAGAGCCCGCCGUAAAAAAGGCCCGGUCAAACCCUCAGGUGUACAUGGACAUCAAGAUUGGGAACAAGCCAGCAGGCCGCAUCCAGAUGCUCCUGCGUUCAGACGUCGUUCCCAUGACAGCAGAGAAUUUCCGCUGCCUGUGCACCCACGAGAAGGGCUUUGGCUUCAAGGGCAGCAGCUUCCACCGCAUCAUCCCCCAGUUCAUGUGCCAGGGCGGCGAUUUCACCAACCACAAUGGCACUGGGGGCAAGUCCAUCUACGGGAAGAAGUUUGACGAUGAAAACUUUAUUCUCAAACACACGGCACCAGGCCUGCUCUCCAUGGCCAACUCUGGCCCAAACACCAAUGGCUCCCAGUUCUUCCUGACAUGUGACAAGACGGAUUGGCUGGAUGGCAAGCAUGUGGUAUUUGGGGAGAUCACGGAAGGCCUGGAUGUUUUGCGGCAGAUUGAGGCCCAGGGCAGCAAGGAUGGGAAACCCAAGCAGAAGGUCAUCAUCUCCGACUGUGGGGAGUACGUGUGAGAGGGGAGCUGUCAGCCCGGGGAAACCGGCAGCCAAGGUGUCCCGUUUGCAGCAAGCAGUGCUUUGUGUCCUGCCCGCACUUGGGUCAGCGUGGGGCAGCUCCUCUGCAGGCACAGCCUGGGCCGCCUCUGGCUCUUCCCCAAGUGGGGCCGUGGGCCAGGAUGCUGCCCUCCCCACCGUGACGGCUGUGCGUGCCCUUUCCAGGCCAGGGCCUCUCCUGGGCCCACUUGUGUGGAUCCUAGACCGUUUCCUUCUGGUAAAAUAAAUUCUAGUUUUGUACUGCUGCCUCCAGCUAGUUCCUGGGAGUUUGUCAGAGGUUACAUCUAAGCUAAACUGUCCCCCAAGACAGGUUGGUGAAGGAUAGGAAAUAGUGGUCUUCCCCACAGCUUUCUUUCUUCCUCCGACAAUUCCCUGAGAUGUCGGGUGAUAUAUCGUCAAGCCAGAUACCCUUGUCAGACCAUUGUCAAGAACCGUGGUAUUUGGGGAGAUCACGGAAGGCCUGGAUGUCUUGCGGCAGAUUGAGGUGGGUGGCUGCCCGGGCCCCCGGGGAAUCAAAGACAGUGGAAAGUUCCUAUCUAUAGUGCCUCCACUCCCAAAUCAUUCUGCCAGUCUCGUAGCCAGUGGGUGUACUGCUCAGUCUCCGUGAUUCAUUUGCUUAUUUGCUCACUUUCAUUCUACAGGUUUUUAAAUGAUAUUUUAUUACUCAAAAUGCCUUCUCCAUGCAGGUGCUGUACCUAUUUGUCAGGAGACAAGAGGUCAGCAACCCGUUGGGUUCUAAUCCAGCCCACUACCUGUUUUUGUGAAUCAAGUUUUAUUGGGUCAUAGCCACACCCAUUUGUUUACAUAUUGUCUGUGGCUGCUUGCUCACUGCAGUGACAGAGUUGAGUAAUUGGUGACAGAUACUGUAUGGUCCCUGUAUUAGAGUUCCCAGAGAAACGGAACCAAUAGGGUGUGCGUGUGUGUUCAUAGAGAAAGAGAUUUAUUUCACGGAAUUGGCUCUGCAGUCAUGCUGGCUGAGAAGUCUGAUAGCUGCAGGGCAGGCCAGCAGGCUGGAGCCCCAGGAAAUAGUUGAUGUUGAAGCUUGAGUCCAAAGGCCGUCUGGAGGCAGAAUUCCUCUUUCCUCAGGUGAUCCCAGCCUUUCUGUCUUAAGGCCUUCAAUUCAUUGGAUGAGGACCACCCACGUUAUGAGGCAGUCAUCUGCUUUACUCCAAGUCUACUGAUGUAAAUGUCAAUCACAUCUGAAAAAUACCUUCACAGCAACAUCCAGACUGGUGUUUGGCUAAAAAGUUAAUACCAUGGCCUAGCUAUAGACACAAAAUUAACCAACACCGUCCCAAAGCCUAAAAUUUUUACUAUCUGAACCUUUGCAGAAAGUUUGCUGACCACUGAUGAGACAAGUGGUCUCACCCAUGCCGAGCUCACAGUCUGGUCCCUGUGUCCAGCCACUUCCUGGAGCUCAAGUCAGGCUGGCUUCUCUCUGCUCCCCCUCCAUGGACUGGUCAGCCAAGCGCCUUUAAAGAAAUCCUGACCUACUGAAGGCACUGAGCAGAGACUGAGCCCUGUAGCCACUAGAUACCUCCCUGUGGGGUGGGUUACUCAGACCAUUCAGAGUCUACCCGGCUGGGCUUUUACAUGUUGAGUAGAAAUCUGGACGAGGCAGGAGUGUGGCCUGUUGUCCCCUGGCCCUGGUGGCCCCAGGAGAGCUCCUGCUGAGGGAUGAUGGCACUCUGGCUCUACCUCUGGCUCCCAUGUGCCGAGUGGACUCCUGGCCCUCAGCUGAGCCCCCUUUGCUGCAGUUGACCAGGUUUCUGUCUGCUCGGGCCUCAGAUGUACCACAGUGACCCCUGAUCCUUAUGGAGCUGCCGAAAGAGACCCCCCACCUCAAGGCCCAGGCGCCCCCUCUGAGUGCAGACUGUGGCCGUCACAGGUCAGUCUGCCUGACUGCCCACAGCGUUAGGGCAGGCUUUAGUGAAGCAGGGUGAUGGCAGUGACUUCAGGGCUUUUAUAAGAGCCAAGAAAGGAUAUGUAUGAGGAGCUUAGUACAGCCAGCCCUCCAAGAGAGGACCGACUCCUGAUAGCCUAGGGAGGUUGAGACCAGCCAGCAGCUUGGGAAGCUCAGUGGGUUUGGAGCUACAGUGGCCUUCCCAGUGCCCCUCUGGGUGUCCACAGGUGUUAACUCACUGUUUCCACACCAGAACCUUGUGCAGAGGUCAACCAAGGCUCAGGUGACAUGACUGUUCAGGUCACCCAGGAUGACGUGGCAGAGCUGGGGUCGGAAGCGUGGCCAUCUCCCCAUCGGUCGUAAUGGAGUCCUGGGGUGUUUCCUGAGCUCUAGCCUCAGUCUACAGCAGGACAACCCCAGGCCUGUGGGAGACAGUCAUGGUCUCCAUGGUUGGUCUGGGCCCUACUCUGCCAGGCAGGACGGGGAGCCCAGAGUCUGGGGAGCAGUGGCCUAGCCACCUCGCUCAACCAGUCACAGCACAGCACUGACCCUCUGUUGCUCAGGAGGGCUCUGGCCUGUGGGAAGUGGACCCAGGGCGCUGUGGGGCCUUUGCUGCAGGCUGAAGGUCAAAGCUGCCUUCCUGGGACUGCCUGGCCUCCCCGUCCUCGUUUCCAUUGCUCUGUUGCUCCAGCACCAGGACUGAGAACACGGGGCUUGGCUUUGCUCAUGCAUCCCCUCACUAGCUCCUCCAGGGCCGGGCCCCAUCUGUGCAGGCCCUGUGACAGCUGCAUGGAGGAACAGACCCGGGGGUGUAGCCCCGGGACCAGUCCUGUGACUGCUGGACUUCCUCACAGCGUGUCUGCUCCAGAUGCUGCCAGCACAAGAAAGAGGUUGUGGGACCUACUUUUUAGUGGUGAAAACUGAGUCUUAACGGAGUUCAGGUGAUGGAAAACUAGACAGCCAUAUUUUCAAAAAAUAUUUAUUAACGGGGAAAAUUACACCAUAUAAUAAAGUGGGAAAAGCACAUCUAAAGCAGUUUAUAUAAUACAGUAUGAUCCCAAUUUUGUACAAAUACCUAUCUGUAAUAUGUAAACAUCUAUGUUUUAUAUGUAUUCUAAGAAAAAAGCCUAGAAAUAAAUUUAACAAAAUAUUUCUAGCAUGUUUAUCUG